AUGAAAUUGGUUCAUAUUCUAUUUGUAUUGACUGCAGCAGCAACCGUUAAUGCAAUACUGAUACCGACUGGUAACGAUCGUUCACCACAAGCAUCAGGCACUUUCAGUCGAGUAUCUGACCCGACUAAUGAGCCUACUCCAGAAAUUCCCGACGAAGACUGGCAAGACAUAAUGGAUAUAAUUAAUUCAAGCACUUCCAACCAAGAUCAGCAACAAUCGAUAGAUGUAGUUGAUCCAAGUACUUCCAAAUUAGCUCAAGAACGACCAAUCGAUGAACUAGGUCCAAGCAUUUCCGAACAGGAUUGGAAAGCCAUAAUUGAUAACCCCGAUCCAGGCAUUCCGGAAGACUGGAAAGACUUGAUUGAUACAGUCAAUUCAAAUAUUGAUAAUCAAGACCAGCAGCAACCAAUUGAUGUAGCUGGUUCGAGCACUUCCAAACGAGGUCGAAAACGGCCAGCUGAUAUAGCUGGUCCAAACGUUUCCAAACGAAUCCGGCAGCAACCGAUUGAUGUAGCUGGUCCGAGCACUUCCAGACAAGACCAACAACAACCAAUGGACCAAGGCGAGUCUGCUAAUACUGUUACAGAUCAAGUGAUUGGAUUAAGCGAAAGAUAUCAAAGAACCUUUAAUCGUAUAAAGAAAAGACUUUUAGCAUCUAAAGUAGUACGAGAGAAAAAACACAAAGAAUAUCGUGAUUAUGCAGCCCUUAGAUUCGAACAAUGGUCAGCGUUAGCAAGGGGGGAAGAGAUAUCUGGAUCAAGAUACGAUCCAAAAGUUGAAAAGCAAUUGAAGCAAGAGUAUUUAACGGCAGGAAAAAAAAUAUACGUUGUCAGACAAGAGUUGAAAGCGUUUAUGAAAAGGCGUGGUUUAGAAUUUGAAGAGCCGGAUUUGGAUUGA